AGAAUUUUGUUUUGUGCCUGCGUUAAGCCAGGUUGUUGUGCGCCUGCGCAGUUUUUGGUGUCGCGUGGGUGCAACGCCAGUGUGCCUGCGCGGUCUUUUGUUUCUUCCUGGUUAGUUGUAUCAGGUAGUUAGUUUCAGGCCGGCUAGAAACGCCUGAGGACGGGGUUCGGAAUGGCCCUGCAGAAGUGAAGCCUCAGAGGAGGCGUCGGGAAGGGAAGGGGUGUGAGGUCUCGGAGUGGAGGGUAGGUGCGACCAAGUGCAGCGCCGGGAGGGACCAGUGGGGGCCGACGCUCUAGACACCUGAAGGGCAGAGCUUUCCGACUUGGUAGGAGUUAACUCAGCAUCGGUACCGCAUUAUGCAGUCAUUAUCAGGAUGCAAAAUAAUGUACUCAGACUAAGCUGGCAAGUGUACCUAAUGGCUGAAGACAGCAACAGAGACACCCUGCCAGGAAUGGGGCCUCUCCAGGAGGCCCUCAGGGCACUGCUGCCCCGCACUAAAGAAGAACUGAAGUUGGACCUCAGUGAGAAUGUGCAUAGGAGUGUGCUGAUUCUGCUGCAGCAAGCCACCAACCUCUUCUAUGAGGGCAGAAGGAGUGAGUGUCUGCAGACAACUGAGGCACUCCUUGACUACUCCUGGGAGAAACUCAAUACUGGGGUGUGGCGGGACGUGGACAAAGACUGGCGUCGGGUUUAUUCCUUCAGCUGCCUUCUGAAAACCAUGUGUCUUUGUGAAACACCUGGGGACGCUACCACCGUGGCAGCAGCCCUGAAGGUCUGUGACAUGGGCCUGCUGAUGGGGGCAGCCAUCCUUGGGGACAUCCUCAGUAAAGUCGCUGCCAUCCUUCAGACCCACCUGCUGUCUGGAAAAAGGCCUGCCCAAGGCCCAGCCCAGGAGCAGCCUGGCAUAAAGAAAGCCAGGAAUGGCCACACUUCGAUUCCAGAUACGAGGUCAGAAGAAGCAGUUCCCCGACUUCACUGUCCGUCCCUCCAGUAUUUCAGGAAACAUUAUUUGGUUCCACAGAGGCCUGUGAUCUUAGAGGGCGUGGCCGACCAUUGGCCGUGCAUGAAGAAGUGGAGUUUGGAGUAUAUCCAAGAAAUUGCUGGCUGCCGAACAGUCCCGGUGGAAGUUGGCUCCAGGUACACGGACGAGGAUUGGUCCCAGAGACUCAUGACGGUCAAUGAGUUCAUCAGCAGGUACAUCCUGAAUGAGCCGAAGGACAUCGGGUACCUGGCCCAGCACCAGCUCUUUGACCAGAUCCCGGAGCUGAAGCAAGAUAUUGGCGUCCCUGAUUACUGCUGCCUGGGCGACGGGGAGGAAGAAGAGAUCACCAUCAAUGCCUGGUUUGGGCCCCCAGGCACCGUCUCCCCCCUUCAUCAGGACCCCCAACAAAACUUCCUAGUCCAGGUGCUUGGGAGGAAAUAUAUCCGGCUGUAUUCCCCACAAGAGUCAGAAGCUUUAUAUCCUCAUGACACGCACCUUCUUCAUAACACAAGCCAGGUGGGACCCAGUAUGACAUUUCAGCUUCUCCCCCAUCCCACCCCAUUUCUGGAAUCCAGGCAGAUGGCUUCUCUUGCUUUUUUCAGGUCGACGUGGAGAAUCCUGACUUGGAGAAGUUCCCCAGGUUUGCUGAGGCCCCAUUCCUGUCCUGCGUCCUGUCUCCUGGAGAAAUCCUGUUCAUCCCGGUUAAAUAUUGGCAUUAUGUGCAAGCCCUGGACUUGAGCUUCUCGGUCAGCUUCUGGUGGUCCUAGCCAGGACAAGAGGGGCCUGCUCUGUACCCAUAUGGCGUUGGGUCCUGGAAUCUGCAGACAAGUUGCCUAGGCCUGUGUCCUGAAGAAGCCUUCACUGGGGGCCGAGCUGUGGCACCGGGCCGGCCCAGCAGAGUGCCCAGGCCAGCUAUAUGCAUCAGAGGCAGGCACAGGAGGGCCCAGAGGGACAUUCCAGGCCACACUGUGUGUGGUGGGCAUGACAAGGCCUGAAGAGUGUAGGAAACAGGCAGGCAGCAUGUGCUCUGAGAUUGGCUGCAUAGGUUUGAACCCAACUCCACUGCUUCACUGCCACAUGACUUUGGGCAAGUGUGUCCCUCUGAAAACAGGACAGCACUGGGCCUCAUUACAGAGGGUCUGAAAGGGGGAACGUGUGCAGAGCCCCUGCUGCUCCCCAGCCCUGUGACUUAAGAAAGGCAAGCAUAUCCCGACAGCUGACACCAGAAAUGUCCCAGGCUCCUGCUUGCUAGGAGACUCACUGAUUAGUGACAUUUAUGCAGCGUGUCUGGAUUUGACAUUUGUCACUCUGGAACAUGAGGUAAACAGUAAUCUGUGCCAAACCAAUCAUAAAGGAGAUUUUAGAAGCUUAUAGUAAACCUAAAGUGCAAUUUUACUAACACUCAGAUAUAGGCGGUUAAAGCUACCAACUAAAUUAUAGCACAAUUUUUUAAAAACUCAGACGCAGUGCUGAGGGGGUAAGAUGUCCUGCUGGCAGUUUAGCUCCACAGAAUCUCAGCAGAAAUCAUGCACACAUCAGGGUGCUGAUCCCACUAACCGACGCCCACCCUCAGGAAACACCAGAGCUGGUCAAACAUACACACACAAGUGGCCAUCACAGCAUCAGUUGUAACAGCAGGUCUUAAGGAAAAAGCUCCAUUGUCUUCAUUACACAAAAUCCUCUUGGAAUACUGCUGACACCUGGUCACCAGAUGUAUGGGGUCCAAGCAAGCAAUUCUGCAACACCAGCUAGGUGUCCUAUGAUUUACUUCAAUUCUGACACUGUCCACAUGCAGAGUUUCACAUCCCACAGGUUAAGGGCUCAGUCCCACAAGACCUCUGGGACAGGCAGUCUUUGAGGCGCCAAGAACAAGAGCAGGGUGUUUGGGGGAGGCAAGGAGAAUCCAACACAUUGGCAGUAAUCACAGUGCUGGAGGCUGGUGGGAGCCAUGUGAGAUGGUCACAUGGAGGAGGAAACAUUGGACCAGGGACAUCAAGGCCAGAGGUGGGUCUGGAAGGAUGCACAGAAGAUGGAAUGUGGGCCCAGAAGCAGAGGGGCAGCUCAGUGCAUUGGGGACUGCAGGAGGGCAGGGGUAUAGUACAAAAUUAAAGAGGUAGCGAGAGUCUAGGCUGUGUAGACUGCCAGCAGGCUAGGGCUCACUUGGUUGUGACAGAAACCCAGCUCAGAGUAAUUUAUACAGAAACGCAACGAAGCAGAUGCAUUGGCUCCAUAAUAUACGGGAAUGCUGUCGGAGGAAGCUCAGGCCUCCCCUGCCAGGCUUCUCUCCCUCCCUGGUAACACCUGCUGGUCUGGCUCGGGCUUCAUUCUCCAUCUUGCAGGUAGGCCUUCUCCUCCAGAGAAUAUGACCCCAGCUGGUCAGCUCCAUAUCCUUCAGUGCCAGGACCCCAGGGGAGAUUCUGGCCCCCACAGCCACCCUGGGUAACGGAGAAGGCAUGGAAGAGCAAUGGUGGAAGCUGAAACUAGCUGCUAAUGUAACCAGACCAUGGCAUUUGAAUUUUAUCACAAAGAUCUUGGAAUCUGAGCAGACUUGGAGUACACACAAGAAAGCUGCUGGUGGUGGGGAGGCUAUGGAACUAUGGUGAGUGAGCACAGGUGGGCAGUAUGCAUGGAGGACCAGCAAACACCAGAGCUAUUUAGAACUUAGAGAGUCAAGGGCUUGGAGCAACUGCUUGUGAGAAGAUUGUUUACUCCCCCCUCUUGGCAUCAUUGUUACUCACCUGAUUUUCCAUAUGAAGAAAAUGCCACUGAGCCUGGCACACUAAUGAGGCCUGGUGGCUGCAGGCUGCAGAGAAGCCAUAACACAGGGGCAUCCAGCUUAACUGUCACCCUUCCACAGUGGGGAGGGGGGCAGCCUUUCCAACUGCUGCAGUCCUGUUCCAACCUGCUGUGGAAGAACAGCAGUUCACCUGGAAUGUGGUGUGAUCCUAAAGUCAGGUUAAAACAUGACAUCAAGGCCCACUGGAUGGGAAGACCACCAAAGAUGAAAUCUUUGUGUGCCCUCUGGGCAAGGCUCCAGUGUUGCUAGCAGUCCAGCUAGAGGGCUGGCUUUAGCUCUGAGGAAUGUGCACUAAAAUCAGCUCAGAAUAAAAGUGCCGACAGUUCUCAGAGCCAAGGAUGAGUGCUGGCAUGAGGACUCUGUCGCCCACCCAUCAGAGAUUCACUGAGUCAGUGAGGGCAUCUUAUGGUGUUUCACUCUAUCUUGGAGGGACCCAGUGAGGAAAUCAACAAUAAGAUAGUGCAGAGAGUGGUGAGUGUGAUAACAGAACAGGGUCACAAAUUAAAAUGUGACAAGGGGAAGGGUUGGUGGGGACAUGACUAUUUGAUAGUUGACAUUUGAAUAAGAAGUCUGAAUGACCAGGAAUCCAGAAUUGGCCAUGAAAUUUGAUGAAGGAGCUCCAAGAGCAGGUGCAGUGGUCCUGAGGCAGGGAAGCCUUGGCCUUGGGGGAGGAGGAGCUAGUGCAGCAGGAGCAGAGGGUGCCGGGAGAAUGAAAGGCAGGGACGGGCAGCUCGGCAGGGCCCUGGGCUGUAGCAGCUAAACCAGGGAGAUGUGCUUGGCAUGUGUCUGUGUGAGAAGAACCGGAAAGGGAGAAGACAGGAAAUCCAAAGUGCUGUUAGUGUCACCGUCCAGUCAGUAACUCCUGCAGCAACUGUCGUGGCGUCACUGGGAGACAGCAGUGGACAGGCUAUGUGAGGAACGAGCCAAGCUACCACAAUGGCCUUGAGUACCAGGCAAGGACUUGCGAUUUUGUAUAAGGGUUUUGGGUGGGCCGGGCUAAGGAGUCCUCAGGAAGUGCAUGUUGGUAUCAGCCCAAGGGAGACCAGCAGCAGGAGAGCUGGCAUCCCCAGUGACACAAUGCUCCCUGUGUCACAAUAAGGAUCAGCUGCACCUGCUUCCCCUCGACUAUUAAGACUACCUGCCAAGACAAACAGGAGCUGCUGUGCCCCCCUAGUCCAGGGGUUGGUUUGCUCUUAGUCCCUGGACAGUUCUUUCUUCAUUGAUGGCAUUUGGGAGACGUAUCUCUCCCAGGGAGAGCAGUCUAGCAAUCUUGGAGGGAGCCAGCCGCUGGGACUGCAUCCUGAGGUCAAGCUGGGAGGAUGACUGAAACAACUGAGGUCAGCGACAAUGGCAGCAGUGCCGUGUGACUGAGAAGUCUUACCACCCAGUCUUUUCUAGACUGGUUCUCCUGCCUUCCUGUCACCUCUGCAAGCUUCCUCAUUUCCUUCCAAAAAAAUUCUUCUUAAGGAUGGUUCCUGUUGGCUGCUUGACACAUGACUGAACCCCUCACCCAGUCGUGGGCACCCACAGGCCUUUACCAAUGGGCUGGCAGGUGCCUUCUAAGGGCUGAGCAGGACGCCGCCUGGGCUGGCUCACGGAAGCUCCCAUCUCCUCACUGCCUGGGAGGUUGGCAUAAGCUGCAACUGAAUGAAUGAGCCUCCCACCAGUAGGUGUCAACUUAACCGUGCUCCACACUGGGUUUAUGGAGGUAAACCGGGCAGGCAGAACAUCCCUGCCUUCACAGAUGGAGGCCACCCCACCCAUUCAGUGCCCACAGUUCAUUCACCCUCUGCCUGGUAACAGCAUCUUCAGUUUGCUCAGGACAAAGCCCCUCCUCACUCUCGGCAAUGUGGUCUGGACAAGGCUGCCCUACCCAGGGCUCAAAGGUGAGCCUGAUAUGCUAAUGCCAAUUUGACCAUCCUGUCCGACCUCUGUGAGUAUCCAAAUUGGGGCUGUAAGCCACGAGGAUGUUUGCCAAGGUUGGGAAGCCGCUACAUGAGACCCACCCUGCUCCUCCCAACACCGGGCAUGGGCAUGUGAAGUUGGAAGCAUUGCAGCCACUUUGCUACCAGGAAGAAGGGCUGGGUUUUCUAGGCAACUGUCUUGUAGGCCCUGGGCUUGCAGCCAGCCCA